AUGAAGCUGGUAACGGACGGAGUGUGGACAAUAUCUAAAACACACUUGCGGAUUCUCAAAACCGCAGAGGAGUGUAUGAAGAGCCACAGCGCAGCGAUUAGUUUUGAGAUGUUGAAGAAUCGAUCGAGAAUACAGGGAAGCUUUAUGGAGCAUGCUGUUGAUCUGUGCAAACUUAAGUUUUUGACAUACAUUGACCAGGGAUAUAAACUCUCUUGCUCUGGGAUGGAUUGUCUUGCAAUUAACGCAUUAAGAUCUAGGGGAUUGGAGAUUAUGGGAGAAAAGAUAGGGAUUGGAAAGGAGUCUGAUAUAUACAUUGGAGUGUAUGCUGGAAGGAGUGUUGCAUUAAAGUUCCACAGACUCGGAAGAACAAGCUUCCGGAGUGUAAGAAAUGCAAGGGGAUAUGUGAAAGACAAGGUGAACUGGCUUAUGAUGUCGAAGGUAUCGUGUGAUAGAGAAGUUGCAUAUCUGGAGAUGUUUAAAGAUAUGUGUGUUCCAUUGGUGUUAGACCAUGAUAGACAUGUUAUUGUGCAGGAGCUCUUGGAUUAUCAGCCUUUGUACAAAACAAGAGUUGACAAUCCUGAGCAUAUAUGCAAACUAAUGCUUGAGUUUAUCAGGGAUCUUUGGAACAGAGGAUAUGUUCAUGGAGACUUUAAUGAGUUCAACAUUAUGGUCAGUGAUGAUAUCAAGGUGAUAGAUUUUCCACAAUGUAUUAAGAAUACAGAUAGUAGAGCGCUUCCGUAUCUUAAAAGGGACUUUGAGUGUGUUUUACAGUACUUUAAGAAAAAGUCUAAUUAUGUUCCUGAGGAUUCAAACUAUGAAGAAUUUUUGAAAGAGCUUUCAAUUGAUGCACAUAUAGAUAACAACAACAGUGAUAAUGUUGACUCUACAGAUGAGCUGCAUGAAUCAGUUGAAUUAAUUGGACUAAUAGAUAAGAUGGUUGUUUGA